CUGCGCAGUCUGAGGGCUAACAUGUCGUCGCCACCGAACGGAAAGAUGGAUGUCGACAAGGCUGUGUCUCCAGACGGACAUUCAAAGUCGUCACGCAACCAUUCAACCGAGACCCAUAGAACUCGUCGUUCUCAUCGUUCCAGGUCGCGCGAGAGGGAGAGAGACAGAGACAGGCAUGAACGCCGACUUCGAGAUGAGCCGGAUGAAAAGCGGAGCCGAGAUCGCCGUGACAAGGAUCGUUCUCGUGAGCGGUCUCACAAGGAUAAAGACUAUGACCGGGAACGCGACAGAGAAAGAAGACGCGAGAGCGAAAGGCACCGCAGGGAGCGAGGUGAGAGCCGUCACCGCGACCGCGAUCGUGACCGCGAGGAUAGAGAAUACAGGGAUCGCCGUCGCAAGCGCGACGAUACCAUGGACGAUUCGCCGGAAGACCGUUUAAAGCGCAAGAAAGAAGACGACAGUACUGAAUCUUCUCUUCUUCCUCCUCCUCCUGCCUCCGCUGGGCUACCCGCUCCUCCGCCACCUCUAGGUGAUAGUCCUCGCCGUCACCCAGACGGUUCCCGCGACUUUGACCGUGACCGCAGGUACGGUGACAAGAGGCGCGAUCCCCGUGACGACUACGAUGGCGCAAGCCAUCACCGCAGCACCAGUGCUCGCCUACGAUCUCCAUACGGCUCGGACAGGAAAAGCACUCCCCCAGUCAGGCGUCCCUCCCCUAGUUAUGACCAGUCAAACGACGACCCUCUGGCUGAAGAACCAAGAGAAGAUGAUUCUGAAGCUCGGUCUGUCUUUGUCUCUCAGCUGGCUGCCCGUCUUACUGCUCGUGAUCUCGGCUACUUCUUCGAAGAUAAACUCGGCGAAGGUGCUGUCAUGGACUCUCGUAUCGUGACUGACAGGAUCUCCAGGCGUUCUAAGGGUAUUGGCUAUGUGGAGUUCCGUACAAUCGAGCUUGUCGAGAAGGCCAUCGGUCUCAGCGGGACCAUUGUCAUGGGCUUGCCAAUUCAGGUCCAGCAUACCGAAGCUGAGAGGAAUAGGACGCAUGCUGGAGACAGCCUGCAUCUACCUCCCGGCGUCAGUUCUCACCACGGCGGCAUGCAACUCUACGUGGGCUCCUUGCACUUUAAUCUCACGGAAUCCGAUAUCAGACAGGUCUUCGAGCCUUUCGGCGAACUGGAAUUCGUUGACCUUCAUAGGGACCCGAUGACUGGCCGCAGCAAGGGCUACGCUUUCGUCCAGUACAAACGAGGUGAAGACGCCAAGAUGGCUCUGGAGCAAAUGGAAGGUUUCGAGCUGGCUGGGCGCACUCUCCGUGUAAAUACUGUUCACGAGAAGGGCAACGUCAGAUACACUCCUCAGGAAUCUCUGGAUGACACUGGCGGUGGUAACCUGAACGCGGCAUCCCGACAGGCGCUGAUGCAGAAACUUGCUAGGACUGACCAGCCUGCUGCUCGCCCUCAGCCCAUUAUGAAGCCUAAUAUCCCGCAAUCGAUGCAAUCAAAGUCGGUUCUGCUGAAGAACAUGUUUAACCCCGAGGAGGAAACCGAGCGUGAUUGGGAUAAAGAGCUUGCUGACGAUGUCAAAAAUGAAGUUGAAGAUAAAUACGGCGAUGUCAACUUUAUCAAAGUGGAGAGGGAAUCACAGGGUGAAAUCUAUGUCAAGUUUGACUCCAUUGAAUCCGCCAAGAAGGCCAUCGAAGGUCUUCAUGGUCGCUGGUUUGGCGGACGCCAGGUUUCUGCUGCAUUCAUCUCCGACGCUAUUCUCCAGGCCCAUCAAUGAGAUCUCGGUCGAAUACCGUUGGUGCUGCGUCUCUGUGGCAUACUGAUCUCUUUUUUUGUUGUGCGCAGGAUAACAGUACAGCCUCUUGUAUCGUCUUACCCUUUUUCUGCUCUCUGAUCCUAUGUAUCUCAAGUAUUGUGCUAGGCAAACUUCCCUACGCGUGUUCGGACGCCGUCGAAUUCUGAUUCUUGACAGGUUUGGGAGACAGUUGAUGCAGAGCGAUUGCUUACUCUCAAAUGAUGCUUUCCUUACCAGAUCUAAUGCUAUUCUCCAUCCAAGACAGCGCCGAUCGCAUGCGCCAGCUGACAGUCGCCAACCUCUGUUCAAACUUCGCACUGGUGGUAAUUUCUGCGAACUAGACUUUCUAGAAUAAUACUGUUCACGUGAUAUUGCAACAGGAAUGAGUUCUUCGCUGUUCUUCGUGUAAUCUAUCCGAAUCCUUC